AUGCGCAUGCUCGAAGAUGACGAGUCGAACAACGACGUGGAAGUGAGCUGGGCAGACCAGCAGUCGAUCAACUCCUUCUCGCGGCUCAACAACCUCCUCACCGACGCCGAAGCGACGCUGCGAGCCAAGGUGACCGAGAAGGAAGGAUUGGACGAGAUCGCAGAAGAGAUCGAACUCGUCGACGAGGAGGAAGAGGUCAUGUACCGCGUCGGCGAUGCAUUCGUCUAUGUCAAGCAGGAGAGGGCGAUUGAGAUGCUGAAGAGGGAUGGCGAGAAGCUGGAGGAAGAGAUUGAGAAGUUGAGGAAGCAGGCGAGCGAGUGCGAGGAAGGGAUGGAGAAGCUCAAGGUCGGGCUUUACGCCAAAUUUGGGUCCAACAUCAACCUUGAGAGAGAUUGAGGGACAUUGAUAGGUUAUUAGAGCAAUGAAGACAAGACUGUUCCUAGAAAGCAACGACAGCGUAGAGCAGAAAUCUACAUGAUGGUGCACUCAUCAUCCUUGC